AUGAUGGAGCUCCUAGAGGAAGAUCUCACCUGUCCCAUUUGCUGUAGCCUGUUUGAUGAUCCUCGUGUCCUACCCUGUUCACACAAUUUCUGCAGAAAGUGUCUGGAAGGAAUUCUUGAAGGAAACGUGCGGAAUGUGCUUUGGAGGCCGUCCCCUUUCAAGUGCCCCACGUGCAGGAAGGAAACUCCCGUUACUGGAGUCAACAGCUUGCAAGUCAACUAUUCCCUGAAAGGUAUUGUGGAGAAGUAUAACAAAAUCAAAGUAACUCCAAAAAUGCCUGUGUGCAAAGUGCACAGCGGGCAACCCCUUAACAUUUUUUGCCGGACGGACAUGCAGCUGAUCUGUGGGGUUUGUGCCACCCGUGGUGACCAUACAAAGCAUGUUUUCUGUUCUAUUGAAGAAGCUUAUUCCCAGGAGAAGCGGGCUUUUGAAACCCUGUUUCAGGGCUUUGAAACUUGGCGUUGUGGAGAUGCCCUCUCGCGGCUGGAUACCUUAGAAACCAGUAAGAGGAAAGCUCUGCAGAUGCUGACCAAAGAUUCUGACAAAGUGAAGGAGUUCUUUGAGAAGCUGCAGCACACGCUGGAGCAGAAACGAAAUGAGAUUCUUUCUGACUUUGAGACCAUGAAGCUUGCAGUGAUGCAGGCUUACGAUCCGGAAAUCAAUAAACUGAACACAAUUCUGCAAGAGCAACGGAUGGCUUUUAACAUCGCAGAGGCCUUCAAAGAUGUGUCUGAACCCAUUAUAUUUCUGCAGCAGAUGCAGGAGUUCAGGGAAAAAAUCAAGGUGCUCAAAGAAACGCCUUUACCUUGUUCCAGCGUGGACAUCAGCCCUACAAUGAAGAGCUUUGAUACCAGCCAGUGGAAUGGAAUAAAACUAGUUGAUGUGGACAAACUUUCCUUGCCUCAGGAAAACAGCACUCGUAAAUUCAAGAUUCCCUCAGUCUUUUCGCGCAGAUUUAUAGUGACCUCUCUUAUUUGUUUGCUUAUUCUUGCUGUCACCAGAAUGUCCUUUGUGGAGUCAGUUGUUGACAAUCUCCAGUGCUGGAAAUCUCAGUUCUUUACAAUUAGCUUGUCCUAUUUGGCAGAUACAGUGGAGAUAGCAGAUCAUGCAGUCUUUUACUGGGAACAGAUGACAGAUGGAGCUUCACUUCUAAGAGAAAAGUGUAAAAACUAUACAUUGGUUGUACUGGAUAAUGUUGCACAGUUUGUGUGCAAAUAUAAACUGUUGUGA